AUGAAGGCAGCAAACCAAGAACGCAGCAGCAAACCUGAGGACGACAGCAGCGGCAUGUCGUCGUUGCACAGGCGCUUCCUCGCUAACGCCGAGCAGCUCCAAGUGCAGGAUGCAGAGAUCCAACGACUGCAACGGCAGACGCAGGAGCAACAGCAGCGCAUCGAUGAGCUGGAAGCACAAGUGCUGCAACCGAACAAAUCGUCUGACGAGGAGCACGAUAAUCAACUCGCUCGGCUGCGCAGCGAGCUGGCGGAUCGGGAUCGACUACUCCAAGAACAGGACGACGACAUGGACCAAGCUACACAGACAAUCACCAUGCUAAUGCAGCAGGUUCAGGCGUUGCAGCAGGUGGCGGCCCGAGCAGAGCAGGCGCAGCGCGACGCAGAAGCGGACCAAAUGCUUCGUCACGUCCUUCGCGAGGACGGCGAUGAUGAUGAAGUCGACGCUGAGAUCGUGCGGCAGCUGCGGGCCGAGCUUCAGAGUGCAGUUCAAGCGCGGCAGCAGAGCUCCCGACUCGUGUGCGAGCUGGAGGAGGAGCGGGUGUGGUUGAAAGAGACCGCGGAGGUGCUCAGCUCCGAGCUACAAGUCUUGAAGGAGGCCAAUCGUGAUAUGCUCGUGAAGAUGGAGAGUGAACAAAAGGGUUUUCGCGAAAUGGAGAUGGCGAAAGCCAAAGCUGACAAAGAGAUCAAUCACUUGAAGGCAGUGGAAAGCGUGCGUGAGGAGAUGCUGACGGUCAUGCAAGCCCAGGUCAAGACCAUGCAGGCGGACAACCAGAAGCUGAAGCAUGCAAUCACGUGUUGCCAGCAGUCGGCGGAUCGGCAAUUCCAAGUUCUGGAGAAGGACCGCCAAAGCAUCGACGAAGAGAACUAUCAACUCCGCCUUGAGUUGUCGAGUCUGAAAGAAGACUUUACGCACCUAAGCAACAAGCUUCGCGACAUCCAGAACGAAGAGCUCGACGUUGCAUCGGACUGCGAGGAAGGCUUGGAGGUUCUUCAGACCGACGAAUAUGCGUCGCAAGUGCACGGUGCAGCUACUCCGGUUGUGAAGCUAGAGCGGGCCUUGGCGGCUUCUCCGUCACAUACUAUGUUGGGUCUAGCUCAAGUGGACUUCCAGAAGCAGGGCACCAAUAGCAGCCUGAAGGAAGACCAGGCGAAGAACGUGUCACCAUCCAUACUAGUCAAGAAACUUGAGCUCCUAGUAAGCGCGCAGCUCGAAUGCCUCAUUGUUCGGCGCGAUAGACUCCGUGAGUCCAGUGACGCCUCCAGCGACUAUGACGAAGGCUAUGACGACGGCGCCGAUGCUGACGAUGCUGACGAUGCAGCACGCCUGGAUUAA